AUGAAAAUCAGCGCUGAAAAGACCAAACUGAUGUCUAACAGUAGCAAGAACAUUACAGGGGACAUCCAUGUCAACAACCAGGGGCUUGAGACUGUAGGCAACUUCAAAUGCCUGGCUGUUGAAGUCGCUCACAGCUUGAUGAGACAUCAAACAUUUUCGCGAUCAUCGCCCAGGCCUGUGGGGCUGACAAAUUAUGGAAGUGCCUGGUCAUCACCCUCUGCUCUUGUGUGCGCCAAGAUGUGCAUAUCGAGAUACCAGGACUGUCAUGGUUUUGUCUACAACCACCAGACUAAGACAUGCACGCCCGGAGAACCAAGCUCUAACGGGGAUGAGGACUGUGUGACCACACGGCCGCGUCACAAUUACUUGCUGUUGGACGUUUCCUGCCUUACCACUGCCUACUACGUUUGCUCGUUGCCGUCGCUCUUGCAAGCGCCCCCUAGUUCUGACCAGGGCACCCUCUAUGUUAGCAGCCUUUGUGACCAGUCAGAAGAUUUUAUGACAAUGUGGCUGGACUCUGGGACGGCCAUCUGCGUCUAUAUCUCGCCAAACAUAGCCACGUACAGCGAAGCAAGGGAGAUUUGUAGAGCAAAAGGAGGUUUCGUCUUCAGUACCCAGACAGCAGAGAAGUAUCAACUCUACAAGGACAUUAUUAUUGCGUUUCCUGGAAACUACUUGCUAGGAUUGUCGGACUUGGUAACCGAGAACACCUGGAUAUGGGACGCUGACAAUACAGAGAUGUCGCCCACUAUGAAAAGUCUCCAGUUUCAUCCAGGAGAACCAAGCUCUAACGGGGAUGAGGACUGUGUGACCACACGGCCGCGUCACAAUUACUUGCUGUUGGACGUUUCCUGCCUUACCACUGCCUACUACGUUUGUGAAAGAAGCGUGGCAUGA